AUGGCCUCCAAACGGAUCUUGAAGGAACUCAAAGAUUUGCAGAAGGAUCCUCCUACAUCAUGCAGCGCCGGUCCCGUUGCCGAAGACAUGUUCCACUGGCAGGCAACAAUAAUGGGUCCCCCAGACAGUCCUUAUGCUGGGGGUGUUUUCCUAGUUACUAUUCAUUUUCCUCCAGAUUAUCCCUUUAAGCCACCGAAGGUGGCAUUUAGAACGAAAGUAUUCCACCCAAACAUAAACAGCAAUGGGAGCAUUUGCCUUGACAUCUUGAAGGAGCAGUGGAGUCCUGCUCUAACUAUUUCCAAGGUUUUGCUUUCCAUCUGUUCUUUGUUGACGGAUCCGAAUCCUGAUGAUCCAUUGGUGCCGGAGAUUGCCCACAUGUACAAGACAGACAGGAAUAAAUACGAGACAACAGCAAGGAGCUGGACCCAGAAAUAUGCCAUGGGCUAA